UAGUCUUGUGCGCUCUGUGCUGCUUUUAAAUACAUAUUCGUGUUUAUUUCGCAGAAUGUUGCUGAAAAUAAUUUGCACAGUAUAUUUAUUAAAUAUGCCGGUGCUCAAAUGUGAAAACGAGAAUGUGGAAAACUUCACAGUCAAAUAUGGCAAUUUAACCGAAGUACUUUUUCAAAUAAAAGAUAACAAAAUCCACUUGCAGCACUUACAGCUGGAAGUGUUAAGAAUGGAACAAAUGCGUCAGGGUGCAUUACUUGAUGAGCUUGUUGCCAAAUUGAAAUCAUUGGAGCCAACACAGUUUACCGGCAGCUGUGCAGAGGCGGCGGCUUUGAGUCGUCGGAGUGGCGUUUAUCAGAUUCUCGUACCUGGCUAUAGUUUGCAUCCGUUUAUAGUUAGAUGCGAUGAGGAUACACAGGGUGGAGCAUGGACCACGGUCUUGAGGCGUGAGGAUGGCAGCGUGGAUUUCUUUCGGUUUUGGAAGGACUAUAAAAAUGGAUUUGGCAAUGCUAUAGGCGAGUUUUUUAUAGGGCUCGACAAACUGCAUUUCAUGACCAAAGUACUGGACCAAGAAUUACUCAUAACCAUGGAGGACUUCAAGGGACAACAUAGGUUUGCCAAGUAUGAUCGUUUUGCAAUAGACAACGAAAAUGAAGCCUAUAAAAUGAAAACAUUGGGCACAUACUCCGGAGAUGCAACCGACUGUUUGAGAGAACAUGCGGGGCAAAAGUUUUCGUCACGAGAUCGUGAUAACGAUCAGCAUAUAGAAAACUGUGCUGAAAAGUUCACAGGUGGCUGGUGGUACAACAGGUGCCAUGUAAGCAACCUGAUGGGCGUAUAUAAUGACAGCACGUUUGGAAAAGGCAUCAAUUGGCGGGACUUUACGAGUCACACAGCGUCAUUAAAACGUGUGCAAAUGAUGAUAAGACCGAGAAGGUAUUAGGCAUACUCGAUCUCUUUUCAGUCUCUUUUAAUAUAAAAGCUAUAAACAAACAAUAAAUUUGUGUAUACAAAUAUAA